CAUCCAAACAGGCUAUAAGUGAGCAAAAGCAAGUAGAGCUGAGGAACCAGUAUAUUACUGCUCUCUUUCACCAUUCUCAACCCCUAAAACCCCAACCGGUAGUUUUGAUCCCCGCUAAUUUCCUCCUCCGCUGUUGCCACUGCUUUCGCCGUCAAUGGACCUCGGCGGACUAGACACCAACGGAAGAGAAAUCAAAAGCGCCAAAGAGAUGUGGAGAGAAGAAAUCGGCCUCGACGAACUCGAUUCCAACAACACCGAUAACAGCAAACGCCAUGAUUGGUACUCCAAGGGCAUCUCCUACUGGCAAGGCAUUGAGGCGUCUGUUGACGGGGUUCUUGGUGGCUACGGCCACGUCAACGAUGCUGACGUCAAGGGAAGCGAAGCUUUCCUCAAAACCCUUUUGCCCGCUCGAUUUGGGAUGGAAAGGUGCCAUCUUGUUGCACUUGAUUGUGGUUCUGGCAUCGGAAGGGUCACAAAGAAUCUACUUUUGAGACAUUUUAAUGAGGUUGAUCUUGUAGAACCAGUAUCACAUUUUCUUGACGCUGCUCGUGAAACUUUAGUUCACGAUGGAGAUAUGGACGAUGGUCACAAGGCUGUCAAUUUUUAUUGUAUCCCUCUUCAGGAUUUCACUCCCGAAGCUGGAAGAUAUGAUGUGAUAUGGGUUCAAUGGUGUAUCGGACAACUUACUGAUGACGACUUUAUAGCUUUUUUUAAGCGAGCAAAGGUUGGCCUUAAACCUAAUGGGUUUUUCGUUGUCAAAGAGAAUACUGCAAGAAAUGGAUUUGUGCUAGAUAAGGAGGAUCGAAGCGUCACAAGAUCUGAUCCAUAUUUCAAAGAGCUCUUUCGUCAAUGUGGAUUGUAUCUCUACAGCACAAAGGACCAAAAAGGAUUUCCUGGCGAAUUAUUCCCAGUGAAGAUGUAUGCACUGGUGACCAGUAAACCUAUAGGUGCCAACUCCAGAAAACUCAAGAAGCAAAAUUACAUGCCCGGUGUCAUCAAGUCAUAAUCAUCAAAUGAUUUUGUGGUGUCCUGGCUCCUUUUCAGUGGAAAUUUGACUGGAAAUAUGCACAGAGAGAUCGCUUGACUGCUAAACUAUGGAAUGUAUCUAAUUUUAUGAAUUGGGACAGUUCUCAUUCGGCACGUGAUGCCUCAAGUUUAGUAGGUUUUCGUUGAAGUUCAUAUAUCUAUGGAUGUCAAAUGUGUAAUGUUGAUACUAAUAUUAAUGAUAGCUUCAAAUUGUACUAUUUACCUUUACAGUGGAGAUUGAAGGAUCUUAAAGAGAUGGAUAUGUGGUCCUUUUCUCUUUGCUUCUUAA